UCAAGGAUUUGUGCGCAAGAGACGUGGAUGUUUACUAUGCUAGAAUGGGUCUGCUAGUGUACAUCUUCCUUGGUGGAUUAUUACACUAUCAAGUCGAUGGAUCGCGUAUGCGCCAGGAGGACUCCGCGCCCCGGAUCGUGGAGCACCCCUCCGACCUGAUCGUGUCCAAGGGGGAGCCGGCCACCCUCAACUGCAAGGCGGAGGGGCGGCCCACCCCGACCGUGGAGUGGUACAAGGACGGGGAGCGGGUGGAGACGGACAAAGACGACCCCCGCUCGCACCGCAUGCUGCUGCCCAGCGGCUCCCUCUUCUUCCUGCGCAUCGUCCACGGCCGUCGCAGCAAGCCGGACGAGGGCAGCUACGUCUGCGUCGCCCGCAACUACCUGGGGGAGGCGGUCAGCCGCAAUGCGUCGCUGGAAGUGGCAUUGCUGCGUGAUGACUUCAGGCAGAACCCCACGGACGUGGUGGUGGCGGCGGGGGAGCCCGCAAUUCUGGAGUGCCAGCCCCCACGCGGGCACCCCGAGCCCACCAUCUACUGGAAGAAGGACAAAGUGCGCAUCGACGACAGGGAGGACAGGAUCACGAUCCGGGGCGGGAAGCUGAUGAUCUCUAACACCAGGAAGAGCGACGCCGGCAUGUACAUCUGCGUGGGCACCAACAUGGUGGGCGAGAGGGAGAGCGAGACAGCCCACCUGACCGUGUUCGAGAGGCCCACUUUCCUCCGCCGGCCCAUUAACCAGGUGGUCCUGGAGGAGGAGGCGGUGGAGUUCCGGUGCCAGGUCCAGGGUGACCCGCAGCCCUCGGUCCGCUGGAGGAAGGAUGACGUCGAUGUUCCCCGGGGGAGAUAUGACAUCAAAUACGACAAGGAGGACUUCCUGCUGCGGAUCAAGAAGGCGUCGGCCGGGGACGAGGGCACCUUCACCUGCAUUGCAGAGAACCGCGUGGGGAAGGUGGAGGCGUCAGCAACCCUCACCGUCAGGGCCCGUCCGGUGGCUGCGCCCCAGUUCGUUAUCCGGCCGCGUGACCAGAUCGUGGCGCAGGGACGCACUGCCACCUUCCCUUGCGAGACCAAGGGGAACCCCCAGCCUGCCGUUUUCUGGCAGAGAGAAGGCAGCCAGAACCUGCUGUUCCCAAACCAGCCCCAGCAGCCGAACAGCCGCUUCUCUGUGUCACCCAGUGGAGACCUCACCAUCUCCUCAGUGCAGCGCUCUGAUGCCGGCUACUACAUCUGCCAGGCCCUGACCGUGGCGGGAAGCAUCCUGGCUAAAGCCCAGCUGGAGGUCACUGACGUGCUGACAGAUAGGCCGCCACCCAUCAUCCGCCAGGGUCCGGCCAAUCAGACGCUGGGCGUGGACAGCGUGGCUCUGCUGAAGUGCCAGGCGUCGGGAGACCCCAUCCCCACCAUCAGCUGGCUGAAGGACGGAGUCAGCCUGCUGGGGAAGGACUCCCGCAUGUCUCUGCAGGACCUCGGCAGCCUGCAGAUCAAGAGCAUCAGGCUCUCGGACUCUGGGAUCUAUACCUGCGUGGCCGCCAGCUCCAGUGGGGAAACCUCAUGGAGUGCCUUCUUAGAAGUAAAAGAGUCGGGCGGGGUCAUGGUCAUUAAGAACCGUGACGACAACGAGCUCCCGGGACCUCCCUCCAAGCCCCAGGUCACCGACGUCACCAAGAACAGCGUGUCCCUCUCCUGGCAACCCGGGCUGGCAGGAGCAUCGGCCAUCUCUUCCUUUGUCAUCGAGGCCUUCAGCCAAUCGGUGAGCAACAGCUGGCAGACGGUGGCGGACCAUGUGAAGACCACACAGUUCACCGUCAAAGGCCUCAGACCCAACACCAUCUACCUGUUCAUGGUGCGGGCGGUUAACGCCCAAGGCCUGAGCGACCCAAGCCCCAUGUCGGAGCCUGUCCGCACCCAAGAUAUUAGCCCCCCGGCCCAAGGUGUGGACCACAGACAUGUGCAGAAGGAGCUGGGCGAGGUCAUAGUGCGCCUACACAACCCUGCGGUCCUCAGUCCCACCACCAUCCAGGUCACGUGGACGGUGGACCGCCAGUCCCAGUUCAUCCAGGGCUACCGGGUGCUGUACAGGCAGACGUCAGGGCUGUCCUCGCCGGGGCCGUGGCAGAGCCAGGACGUGAAGGUGCCCUCCGAGCGCAGCGUCGUGCUCUCCGGCCUGAAGAAGGGCGUCGUCUACGAGAUCAAGGUCCGCCCCUACUUCAACGAGUUCCAGGGCAUGGACAGCGAGUCCAGGACCGCUCGCACCACGGAGGAAGCCCCCAGUGCUCCCCCGCAGCAGGUUACGGUCCUGACGGUGGGGAACCAGAACAGCACCUCCAUCAGCAUCUCCUGGGACCCCCCACCCGCUGACCACCAGAACGGCAUCAUCCAGGAGUACAAGAUCUGGUGUCUGGGAAACGAGACCCGCUUCCAUGUGAACAAGACGGUGGACGCGGCGAUCCGCUCGGUGGUGGUGGGGGGCCUGCAGGCGGGGGUGCUCUACCGUGUGGAGGUGGCGGCCAGCACCAGCGCUGGGGUGGGAGUCAAGAGUGAGCCUCAGCCCAUCGUCAUAGGCAGGGACUUCAAGGACGUGAUAAUGAGCGGCAACAGGAACAACAGCAUCACAGAGCAGAUCACGGACGUGGUGAAGCAGCCGGCCUUCAUCGCGGGGAUCGGAGGGGCCUGCUGGGUCAUCCUCAUGGGCUUCAGCAUCUGGCUCUACUGGAGGAGGAAGAAGAGGAAGGGCCUGAGCAACUAUGCAGUGACGUUCCAACGCGUGGACGGAGGCCUGAUGAGCAACGGGAGUCGGCCCGGUCUCCUGAACGCCAGCGACCCGGGCUACCCCUGGCUGGCUGACUCCUGGCCCGCCACCAGCCUCCCCGUCAACAGCGGCUCCGGGGGUCCCAACGAUCUGGGCAACUUUGGCCGCGGAGACGUGCUGCCCUCAGGACAGGGUGACAAGACGGGCACCAUGCUGUCCGACGGGGCCAUUUACAGCAGCAUCGACUUCACCACCAAAGCCAGCUACAACAGCCCCAGCCAGGCGUCCCAGGCCACGCCCUACGCCACCACCCAGAUCCUGCACUCCAGCAGCAUCCACGAGCUGGCCGUGGACCUGCCCGACUCCCAGUGGAAGGCCUCCAUCCAGGCCAAGCAGGAGAUGGCCAACCUGGGCUACUCUCUGCCCGACAAAAACUCCUGCAACAACAGUGGCAAAGGGGGGAAGAAGAAGAAGACAAAGAGCGGAACCAAACCGCCAAAGACCAACGGAUCGAACUGGGCCAACGUACCCCUCCCUCCUCCACCUGUCCACCCCCUCCCGGGAACAGAGAUGGACCACUAUCCCAGUGAACACCAUGAAGGAGGAGGGUACGAGAGUGACGGGUGGGGCCCUCCCAUGCCCGUGCAGACCUACCUACACCAGGGCCUGGAGGACGAGCUGGAGGAGGAGGAGGAGAGAGUGCCAACCCCGCCCAUCAGGGGUGUGGCCUCGUCCCCGGCCGCGGUGUCCUUCGGCCAGCAGUCGACGGCGACUCUCACCCCCUCCCCCCGCGAGGAGAUGCAGCCCAUGCUGCAGGCCCACCUGGAUGAGCUGACCCGCGCCUACCAGCUGGACAUGGCCAAGCAAACCUGGCACAUGCAGGGAGGCCCCCACCCCCCUCAAGCCCCGGCCCCCCCUGUGGGGUACGUGUCCAGCACCCUGGUGUCCGACCUGGAGACCGACAUGCCGGACGAGGACGAGGAGGACGACGAAGAUGAGGAGGACGACGAAGGCUACGAGAUUGCCCGGCCUCUCCGUGGCAUUGAGCACACACCAGGGUCCAGCAUGGACAACCUGGACAGCUCCGUCACAGGCUCCAUGGUAAACGGCUGGGGUUCGGCCUCCGAGGACGAGCGUAACUUCUCCAGUCACAGGUCGAGUGCGGGCAGCUCCUCGGACGGCUCCAUCUUCACCCACGCCAGCUUCGCCCAAGCGCUGGUGGCGGCCGCCGAUCGGGCCGGCUACCGCUUCGACGGCACCAGCCUGACCAAGAGAGGGAAAGGCCACCCCCAGAGGCCACGCCCCAGCAGCCCCUUCUCCACCGAUGGGAGCACAGUGGGGACGCACAGCUUGGGCCACCAGAGGGCGGCUCGCCCCGCCCGGAAACACAGAGCCGGGCGGCUGGAGCAGGGCACAGCGCCGCAUCGCCGGGAUGCCAGCGCAGACGACCUACCUCCUCCCCCUGACCCCCCGCCCUGCCACGGGGCGCGUGUGCCGGGGGCGCGGGGCAUUGGGGGUGUGGGCACGCCCGGCGAGCGCAAGGCCUCGUCCCUGGAGCGACAGCACAUCGCCAGCCUGGAGGAGAUGAAGAGCUCGCUGGAGCGGCACCGGCAGGCCCAAGAGCGGCUGGGCUCCAUGGAGCGCGGAGAUGAGGGCCGUCGGGGCCACAAACCUGGACCGGGCCCAGAGGAGGCCCUGUUGCCCUACAGCAAGCCCUCCUUCCCCUCCCCUGGGGGCCACAGCUCCUCGGGAACCGCGUCGUCCAAGGGCUCCACAGGGCCACGCAAGGGCGAGGGGGCGAGGGGGCCCCCCCACCAACGGAACGUCACGGACCACCCCGACGCGGGGUACCUGGGCACCAAUGGCCAGGGACAGUAUUCUGGGGAGUUAUAGUGACCUGACUGGGAUGUGACCUGGACCGUCAUCAGCCUGUCCCCAUGCAAGUGACACCUCACCCGUUGGAGCAAUGAACAUUUUUUUCCUUGUUUGUGUGCUGUUAGAAGGAAAACAAAACUAAACAACAAGAA